AUGUCGGAGCGCGCGGGGAACGGAGCCGCUGCCGCCGUCGCCGCCGCGGUGGCCGGCAAAGAGAAGCGCCGGGAGCAGCUGAGGCGCUGGACGGGCUCCUGCACGGACCUGGAGCCCCCCGAGCCCCGCUGGCUGACGCGGCCGGGCGGCGGGGAGGGCCCGAGGCGGCGGGUGCGGUUCGAGGCGGCGGCCGAGUUCCUGGCGGCUUGCGCGAGCGGCGAUGCGCAGGAGGCCGAGGAGAUGCUGCGGGAGGGGGGCGGCGCCGACGUCAACUGCGCCAACACGGACGGCAUCAGCGCCCUGCACCAGGCAUGUAUUGAUGAGAACCUGGAGGUGGUGGAAUUCCUCUUGGCACACAACGCUGACAUCAAUCAAGCAGACAAUGAGGGAUGGACAUCACUACAUGUUGCUGCUUCCUGCGGCUAUUCUGAAAUAGUGGAGUGUUUGAUCAAUCACGGUGCCAACAUCGCCGCUGUGAACAGUGACGGCCAACUCCCCAUCGAUCUGGCGGAGGAGGAUCAUGUGGAGGCGAUGCUACAGGCUGAGAUCACCAAGAGAGGGAUCGAUGUGGAGGCAACCAAGAGGGAGGAAGAGGAUUUGAUGCUUCAGCACGCCAGGCAGUGGCUGAACAGCGGGAAGAUUGACGAGACACAGCACCCGAAGUCUGGGGCCAAUGCUCUUCAUGUGGCCGCAGCCAAAGGGUACACUGAGGUCAUAAGGCUGCUGCUGCAGACUGGGUUCAACGUAAACGUCCAGGACAAAGAUGGCUGGACUCCCCUACACGCUGCCGCUCACUGGGGUAUGGAGGACUCCUGCAGGCUGCUUGUUGAGCACUUCUGCGACAUGGACGCACUGAAUAACGUGGGUCAGACGCCGUUUGAUGUUGCGGAUGAGGACAUUCUGGGACUGCUGGAGGAUCUUCAGAAAAAACAGGACGACCUCAGGACGGAGAAGGAAGAGAAGUUGAAACGUGCCAUCAUCGAAACCUCCAUCCAGCAACAGCAGCCAGCCAAACCCAGGAAGAGCUCGGUGUGUCGGAUGAGCAGCAGGGAGAAGAUUUCCGUUCAGGAUCUGUCCAAGGAACGCAAGACCUUGGAGUCCGUGUCUCUGGAUGAAAGCAAGAAGGAGGAAUCCAGCAGCUGUAGCUCCGAGACAGAGGAGCCGUCUGAGUCCGAUUCCGAAUGCGAAACUGAGAAAGCAAAGAAAGCCGCUCAAAACAACGACGCCAGGAACCUAAAUGGAACCGAAGGGGUUUCCUCAGCACCUCCCGUCACACUCGCUCCUUCCAGCCAGAAGGUCACCGGCUCGCCUCCAAAGCCAACGUCCAAACAAGAGGUGGCCCCUUUGACCUGGUCCUCUGGGCUUCGAAAAACCGGCAGCUACUGCACGCUGCAAGAUGCACAGGGUCCCGAGGAGAAGAGCAAAGUGGGCAGCAUCAAGCGCUCUGCUUCCUCUCCCCGCCUACGCUUGGAAGAGAAGGAUAAAGAGGUGCGAGAGACUCGACUGGCCAGAGUAUUACCGACUCCCACCAGGAGAAUGUUUCCCACUCCGGAAUCUACAGCUGAGAAUGAGCUGAGCUCUCUGCGCCAACAGAGAACAGAACCCAAAGCAACAACAACGAAGGACUCGACCAUCACAAGGCAGGCGUCCGUCACCGGUACCUCCACUGUUCCAAGUGCCACAGACAAUAAAGAGCGACGCAGGUCCUACCUCACGCCAGUGCGGGAUGAGGAGUCGGAAUCCCAAAGGAAGGCCCGAUCCCGACACGCACGGCAGUCCCGCCGAUCCACACAGGGUGUAACGCUCACGGACCUGAAGGAGGCAGAGAAGACCCUGGGCCUUUCCGGCGAGAAGAAAACUCCAGAGCAGCCGGAGAAGCGGGAGGAGGAGACCGAACAGAAAAGGGAUUUGCCUGAGCGUGAGAAAUGGAGGAGCUUUGUGACGGAUAGCAAGCCUCUACAGGAAGCCGGGAGCCGACUGAGAUUCUCCAGCUCAGAGGGAUUUGAUUCCAGCCAACCCCGUACACCCACGUACACCAGGCAGGCCGUCCCAUCACUUUCUACUCUCUUACACUUGGAUAAAGAAGCAGAAAGCGAAGGGGGGAACAGGGAAGGAGACUCGGACUCUCGAAAUCAGAACCGUCUGUCCGUGCGGGAUCGACGGAAAGCCAGAAAGGAGCGUCGCUGGACAGGAGCUCCCAAUUCCACCGAGGAGGAAAGCACAGAGCAGGUGAACAGUGUGGAUGCUCCAAUGCACAGGAUUGCUCCGGGGCUCAGUGAUGAGAUGAGCAAUCGCGUCCCAAACAGAAUCCGCACGUACCCCUAUCACACCGAGCGGCAACUCGGCACAGCUUUCGGGCAGAUGCAGGGCGGCAAUAACGAUUACAGGAAGAUGUACGAGUCCAUCUUCCUGGACAACGUGAGGCUGAAGGACAAGCUACAAGAGACGCAGAUAUACCUCACGCAAACCAAGCUUGAGUUGGAGAGAGUCCUGCAGAGACAAGAUUGGCGGGCGGACAGACCAGCACUGUUGGACUUGGAGAGAUUUGAGCGAAGAGCAUUGGAGAGGAAAGCAACUGAGCUGGAGGAAGAAUUAAAGGGGCUGACGGACCUGAAGGCGGACAAUCAGAGACUGAAGGAUGAGAAUGCAGCCCUGAUCCGAGUUAUCAGCAAACUCUCCAAGUAGUGGGAAGGUCUGAGUGGGCAGCCCGGCCCUGCCCAGCCCAGCGAAGCGAGUGGCAUUAAACCCCCCCACUGACACGCUCCGCUCCCUCUCCUCGCGGUCUGAGUUUCAAGGGAGAUUCUUUCGAUUGCCAAGUAUUUUCCUGCAGCCGGUGCAGCGCAGUUAACGGUUGGGAGGAGGAGGGGGAUUCAGUGUUGCCUUUGCCAACUCCUCCGCAGUGCCAUAUCUACCUACCGACAGGUGUGUGUGUGUGUCUGUGACUGUCAGUCAGCCUCGUGAUAUACUCUGACCCCCCUCAACUCCCACCUAAAGCAGCACCAACGUUCUCUCCUAAGAACUGUAUAUUUUUUACUGUAAAUGUUAAACCUGCUCUCUUUUUCCCCAAUCACUCCCUCACUCUCUUUCUCUCCCUGCCCCCUUACCCACUCGUUCCUCUCAAUCUCUGCGCACUGGGCAGUCAGUUUAGAUCGGGGCUUAUGCAUACAUCCCCUCUCCUGACUGCAAGCCACAAUAUUUGUCAUUAUUAUUUCAGAUAAUGACAGCCUUACUGAUUUAAUUUAAUAUUUUAAAAAAAAGAAAAGCUCACAGCAGCAAAAGACACAUUCCCUAUUCUUAACCAUUCCUAAGUAGUAUCCGAAGUGCUGAAUUGUGCCUUAAAAUGUUUUGUGUGUAUGUGUGUGUGUGUGUAUAUAUAUAUAUAUAAAAAAAACUUGUGAACGGUUCCACAGGAAUGAAUGUCAGUCCAGUAUUAAGGUGUGAAGUGAAUGUGGAUCCUGUUAAACGCAUUCCGUGGUUGUUAUCGAUGACUGUUCUGUACGCGGUUCAAUUGGAACGAGGGCUAUGUGCGUGCGGUAGGACAUCUUUUCAGCCUCCACUGAAGGGAGAGAGAGAGAGAGAGAGGCAAGCUUAAUCCCUGUGUUUGAAUGCAUCCACUUGGCUGUUCCAAGAGUGAGGGCUUCCCCUUGGAAAUACGGUGUUAGUGACUGUCACAUUUCUCUAUCUGGUUACUGUUUUGUCAGUCUGAAUGAUCGGUUUCUUGCUUCCUUCCUCACGGCUCUCCUCUCCCCAAAAGGUAGAGGUGGAUGGGAUCCACUGGGGUUCAGGGGAGGGGAGAUACCAGCGAUUUGUUGGGGAGCGAGUUUGAGAGAUUGUAAUCUUAACUGCUGUGCGUGGGCUGAAGGCUGCUUUUCAGCUGCAAACGCCCCUCGUUGCCUUGUAAUAAUAAAAUAAUAAUAAUCCUUGCAUUUGA